AUGAACCAGAAGGUGAAGGCCGACCAGGCCCAGCAGCAGCUUCUGGACAAGCAGCUCCAGACCUUGACUCAAGAGCGAGCCAAGCAGAGAGACGAUGUCAUGCGCAAACACAUGCAGCUCACGGCUGGCGUUUUUGAUGUGGACCAAUACACAAAACUCGACGAGGCCAAAAACAAGCAACUGGAUGAAAUCAACGCCGUCUUUGAAAACAAGGAGCGUGAAUUGAAGCAGGUCUAUUCUCCAGCUCCCCUCGUUCCUGACACGCACAAAGAGAAACAAGUCCUCGCUCCUCCUGUCCCUGCCUACAACCCCAGAUCAGACCAACAUCCUUCCCAAGCUUCCCACGUCCCCGAGGCGCAGAAAGUGACAGAGGCAGCAGCAAUCGCCUCGUCCGUUCCCCCCAGCCUCCCCCUCGUCCUAACCAACCUUCCGUCUCAUCAGCAAUUUCUUGAUGGCCAACAUCGGCUCAUGGUGACGUUCAAUGUCCGUGGCUUACCUCGACAUCAGAAACGAAGAGCGUCCUCGGCCGAACCGGCUUCUCCUGACCAGGCGAAGCGUUUCAGACAUGCAAGUGAGGGAUUCGCACAAAGUCGAGGUCCCUCGCAAAGUAAAGGCGCCACCAUCACCUACGAGCAAGUCCGUCGUCGUGCCACCCAAGACGGUAUAUGGGACACUAUCGUCAAAUGGCCUAAUUAUUCUCAAGACUUUUACGUCCUGUACUGCGAGGAACAUGGCCUCAACUUCAAGCAGUCAGCUGUGGCCGCCGCCGCCAAGCACAUGAACGGGGCCUUGCACAAAUCCGAAAAUCGGGACUGGGAACGCGCUGUAAAAACGUUUGGUCACCUUAUUACCGAUUGUAACGAACUUCUCCAAAAGCAACACAACACCGAGGUUGAACAGGCCUUCAAGAGAGGCUACGUCCCUCAGAACAAAUUGUUACAUGGCUCCGCCGCAAAUGGAAAGAAGGUCAGCUAUCCUUUCAAUAACGACAAGGUGAAACUCAAUCCAUCUUCGCAACGAGUCGACCAAGAGUCUUCACCGAUGACUUAUCCGUCUCAACGAAAUGCAUCCAAAUCAAAGGCCAAGAUAAUUGACCCUCCACUGCCCAAGACGCGCUGCAUUGCUGAUAUCAAGCCUUUUCACAUUUACAAUUGCCAGUAUGUCGAAGGAGAAGACGAUGAAGAUGGGAAUGGUCCGACCACAAUAUGGCCAGUCGUUGUCUUGGGAUGGGACGAUCUCACACCAGGUGCUAUGCGAGUCGGAAGCUUGGUCGAGACUGGCCUCCUCGACCAAGAUGCCCAACCGCCCGGAUGCUAUGUCUACAGCGACCGAAAAGACAAAAUCCUAGGAUGGAAAAUGGGAACAGAUGGGAAACCUAGACACAGGGACCAUCAAAAGAAGUAUCCAGUCAUGUUUUUCGACGAUCAGUUCUCCUAUGCUUGGGUCUCGGCCACAGACCUCUCGAAACUCCGUCUCGAUUCGAAGAGUGCACCAAAAAUGAAAGGCUAUAAGGAGAAAGCAUUCAACCAGGCCAGAGAAUUUAUCGCUCGACGGGAGGGAUAUGACUGCUGGCAAGCGCGCGAGACUGCCAGGAUUGAGGGAAAGCUAGUGACAUGGUACCCCGGAAUGCCCACACCAGCGUCGUCGCCAUCCGUGUGGCCAGAUGAAGAGAACGCAUACUGCACACAAGAAAUGCAAUACUCUUUGAGCGAGGCCGCCGAUGAAACCACUACCAACGUAGCUACUUCGACGAUUGGCGAGAGUCACCAUCCUAAUGACAUGAGUGCAUCUAGGCAAUUAACCAGGGAAGUGACGCCACUCGAUUUCCCCAGAAACAUGUCACCAGAUCCUCGGUUCUUAGUGCAGGACGCAAAAAUGGGUGACGGAGGAGGCGAGAAACAAGUAGCAGGACAACAAGAGGCGUCACUGCCAAUGUUUGAGCUGCAUCCGCUAGGCCGAAAGCUGACGGCAAAGCGAACAACGAAACGACAGCAAACCCUGGAUUCGGUCUCUACACCUAACAGCUCUCAUGAUACAAGUCCUGCGGGAACUCCGACGCCCAUCGAGACCCCCAGAGUACCACCCAUCAAGACUGUGGCAGAGGGUCGAGCAGCUGUGCACAACCCAGAUGCCAAUCCUUUGUUUGAGUUGUCCUCCUAUCACGCAAAUGAUGGUGUUCAAUGGAGCCGGGAGAAUGCAGAGACUGAUGGCAUCAAGCUUGUCCAAGCUGAUUUGCCCAACAAAUUGCGGUCUUCUGGGGAAUACGGCAUCGAGGUUGAAAUUGAUGCAGCAGUAUGGGAAUGCCUGGAAACGCAAAGGAUCCCAGGAAAUACUCAGAUCACUUUGCGCAAAGAUGACAGGGCAGUUCGAUUGAUAUUUGAUCGAAAGUCGAGAGAUCUCAGCACACCACACGGAAAACGUCAAGCUCGCGACUUUAUUGACUGGGUGCGUAGCAAGCGCCUUGAGCUGGGCCUGCAGUUACAGACAAGGAGCUGCUAG